AAAUGUUGGUUUCAUAUAUAGCCUGUUUUUUCUAUCCCUCUAGGAAGGUUUUCUGCUUGGGGAAAUGACAGAGGCAGACUCUCAAUUGAGUGAUGCUCAAGUUUUGCGUACAGUUGUCAUACAAAGAUACAUUGCAUGCAUUCAGCUUUUCAGCUUUUAUAAUUCAUCUGGUGAAGUCAAUGAGCAGGCACUGGAGAAGAUCAUACUGGGCUGUGAAAAGAACGUGAUUGGAUGGUACAAAUUAAGACAUAAUUCUGACCCAGUGAUUACCUUUCGAGAGAGGAUUCUUCACAAAAAUUUACAACAGCAUCUUUCAAAUCAGGGACUCGUUUUUCUCUUACUAACAUCAAGCACAGUCACAAAAAGCUGCUCCACUCAUAGAUUUGAUUAUGUAUUACAUAGACUUCAGGAAGGACUUUUCCAUAAAGUACCUUUAGUGGUGGUCAACUUGGCUACGUCAGAACAGCAGACAUAUAAUACUAUGCCAGGUCCUUGUAGAUCUGCUGGCUUUCUCCGAAGCAUCCACACAUACAGUUCAGAAAUUUUUGAUGAAGAUGGAGCUUUAAGAAAGGUACAGAAAAUGAAUGAACUUUGUGCCACUGUGCAGGAAGAAUUAAAGGAAAUGUGUACUCAAGUAUUUGACAGUGAGCAAUCACUAGAAAAAGUAAUGCAAGAUAUAAAUAAACUAAAAGAAGAACUUGCAGCAAAGAGACCAAAGCCUGUGAUAUCAGGAAGAAGUGGUGACCUGGGAACAGAGGAGAAUGUUUCAAUCUGUCCAAGUCAGGGACCUCUUCAUUCAUGUGUUGUUUGUUUGGAAGGCAAACAGACUGCCAGUAAGUGCUGUACUACUGAGCAUAAUGUCAGUCAAGUGAGCGAAUUAACAGAAAGCCCUCAUCUUGCAGAAAAAGAAACAAAAUGUAAAGUUAAGCGUAAAUCUCUUGAGGGUGAGAAUCCUGACUUUGAGAAAGAAAGACCACUCAAGAAAGUAGAAGUGUCAGAACCUGAAAGUCAGUCCCCUAAAAACGAUUGAAUGAUGGGGAAAAAUCAACGACAGACAGUAUAGAAACACAUGAUGACAAUUCUGAGAAAGUAAAGAACAUCACUCAGUAUCCAG